UGUUCGCUGCUCUCCCCUCACAGCACACGCCUGGCCAUGCUCAGCAACAACCUGACGCACUGGAAGAAGCUGCCCCUGCUGCCAUCUCUGACUAACCAGCCCCACCAAGUGCUCGCCAGCGACCCUGUCCCCUUCGCAGACCUGCAGCAGGUGUCCUGGAUAGCCGCCUAUGCCUUCAGUGCGCUCUCACAGAUCCGUGUCGACGCCAAAGAAGAACCGGUUGUACAGUUUGGCAUCCCCUGAACCUGCCCCCACCACUGCUGCUUCAGCACUUUGGGUUGGAUUUAUUCCCAUUUUUUUUCUCUUUAUGUCCCUUCCCUCCCCAUGCUGCUGCCACAGAACUUGGACAGAUAUCCCGUUUCCUACUAAAUGCCAAGGCGCACAUCAUUGUCACUUUGAGCCCACCUGCAUUGCUUGAGGCUUUCUCCUCCUCGUG